AUGGCUGACAAAGAUGACGCGGAUCCGGUCAAGCAAGCCAAAACCUCACCGAAUACUACGCCCUCUCAGACACCAGCUGCUGCAGUCGUGCACAAGUCUUCUGCGCCAAAUACCCAAGCUGCCGCUCACUCCUCAAAAUCACCAUCGCCAGCUACACCUCGAUUAAAUGGCGUUCCCGCCAAGCCUUCAACCGCAGAAUCACAGCCUAUGACUACCACCUCCUCUUCAUCUCCCCAACCACUUCCUCAGCAAAACGGCAACACAGCGGAGACGAAUGGCACUGCUCCCUACGGCACUAGAUCUCGCAAUCGGACUGGUAAUUCUCGUCCGAAUUACGCUGAGGACCGCGAUCCGGACAUGGAUUUCGAAUAUCAUUCGAAGAAAAAGACUCAGACUACUGCGCCGCCAAGUCUGCAGGCUGCUUUCGACACCGACAAAUCGUCUGGCUCCAAUACACGGCGGUCAUCAGGCGCAGCAGCACCUGCCCAAGCCUCAGCCGCGAAGGCCGCUCUGUCGAAUGCAGUGAAGGAUAAUCUGCCUGGAAUGUCCAGCUUCUCUGUUAAUCCCGAUAUGUCAAACUCACCUCCAGCUCCACCAAUAUCGCGAAAGAGGAAAGCUCCAGGCGCGGCUCCCCUCGGGCAUGCAGUCUCUUCCAACACAUCGCCAGCCUCGACAACGACGAGGAGGGCCGCUUCUGGGACGCCGGUCUUGGGACGGACAACUAACCUGAUGACCUUUGAAAGUUGUCGCCGCUAUGUCAAGAAUGGUAAAUUGAAAUCUGACGACGGCACGAUUCUGAGCGUCAAUGGUAAGUCGACCAUCAAGCCAUGUGUCUGCUUACACAAACUUGAUACGGUCCGCACUGACAGCGAUCUAGACCAAGUCUAUCUCAUCUGCGAACCUCCUGGUGAACCAUACUACCUUGCUCGCAUCAUGGAAUUUCUUCAUGUCGACAACGACCGCAACCUACCUGUGGAUUCCCUUCGAGUCAACUGGUAUUUCCGCCCCAAGGACGUACAGAGAAAGGUCAACGAUACAAGAGUGGUCUUUGCCUCUAUGCAGUCUGAUACCUGCCCUAUCACGUCCCUACGAGGCAAAUGUCAUGUGAUGCACAAAAGCGAGAUCGAGGAUAUAGACUUGUACCGAAAGAUUAAAGACUCUUUCUAUUAUGAAAAGAUGUUUGAUCGCUACAUACACCGUUAUUACGAAGUGGUUCCGACCCACUCUGUCAUCAAUGUUCCGGCAAAAGUCAAGAAAGUGCUCGACGAGCGAUGGAAAUAUGUUGUGGUGGAAAUUGGACGGGGCAAAGACCUCACCAGCGCUAUUAAGUCCUGCAGAAGAUGCAAUGGGUAUUGCGCAAGUUCUGAUUCCGUGGACUGUGCAGUCUGCAAGAACACGUAUCAUAUGAACUGUGUACGUCCGCCUCUGCUCAAGAAGCCAGCUCGUGGAUUCGGCUGGUCGUGUGGUCCUUGUAGCCGAAAGCAAGAACGUCGGCUUGAGGCCCGAAAUACAACUAAUGGUGAGGGUGAAGAUGAAGAGAUCGUCGAGGAAGAAGAGGAGGACCGUGGCGCCGCUAACGGCGAGAACGAUGAUUUGUCAAACCGCCCUCAAGCACCAACUGCGGAGCAACUAGCACAAGCGAAGCUCUGGCCAUACAGAUAUUUAGGUAUCCACUGCAGAGUCGAAGACGCUCUUGACUACGAUGAUCGUAUAUAUCCCCGUGCGAGUUCUAGACUUGGGCCAAAACACCAAGCCAACGUCCAGGGAUGGCAUGGGCAUCACGUGGAAUAUGUCAAGCCGCUGGACAACAGGAAGAAGGCUAUCAAAGGUGGCGGUGCUAAAAAGGAUACUAAGUCGACGAAAGAAGCAGCAACAUCGACUCUGCUUAGUGGUGAGCUUGACAAGUACAACAAAGACAAGCGACCAAAGUGGAUAUUGGACGAGCCUCCAGGUUAUGUGCAGCGUGGCGAAGAUACUCUUCUUCCAAAUUCUGGAAAUACCGCCCAAUUAAAAUCCAGAAUGCCCACAAUAGAGACGCCGUCAAGCGGAGGCAUCGACUCUUUCGAUACCAGUCUGACUCUGGAAGAGCGCGAAAGAAUUGUUGACGACUAUAUGGCGCAAGCAAAGGCCCUCGCAAUGCCAAUCUUCAAUCUACGCGACUUUUCGACAAAUUUCCUUGAUAAGGCCUUGGAGCUUCUCACUGCCAACAAGUACAACUCCGACAAAGCAUUGGGUGCGUUGAAAGCACAGAAACGACGGCAUGACUUAAAGGAACCGGAGCUCACGGAGGACGAGAUACGUCGUUUCGAAGACGGGGUCGCCAGGUACGGCUCAGAAUUAAGGAUGGUUUCACGGCACGUUGGAAAAAGUCAGAAGCAUGGAGAAAUAGUCCGAUUCUACUACAUGUGGAAGAAGACUGCGCGUGGCAAGCGAAUAUGGGAUAAUUUUGAAGGCCGUAAAGGAAAGAAGGCAGCCAAGCAAGCAGAUGCGCGACUUCAAGAUGAUGUGGCUGAUGACGAGGAUGAUUCGGCUUUUGAUACUAGUAAAGCUGUCCAACGAAAGCGCGGUUUUGAGUGCAAAUUUUGCGGCGCAAGGAAAUCUCAUGAUUGGCGAAGAGCACCAGCAACGGCGGCUGGAACCACUGUUCCUAUCGACCCUUCUAUCAAGAACAACAAAGACAAAAGUAAUCACCUUAUUCUUGCGCUCUGUCAUCGGUGUGGUCAGCUCUGGCGCAAAUACGGCAUCCAGUGGGAGAACAUCGAUGAAGUUGCAAAGAAAGUUUCCCAGGGCGGUGGGCGAGCUUGGAAAAGGCGAAUCGAUGAGGAACUCCUAAUGGAACUACUGAGUGCCAACCAGGACAGCUCGAUUGGCCUCAGUACUACCGCUGCCGCGGCCGCAGCUUCAGUUGGAUUCGAUAUGCCAUCGGGCCUCCCUGCAGGACAGGACGUGCCAAAGAAAAGGCUCAAGACGACAGCUAUGGAUACAGCAAAUACGAGUGGGCAACAGAGUGAAACAAAUGAUGAAGUUGUAAAAAGAAAGCCUCCCGAAAGGCCUCCCGAGCCACCGUUGAUACCGGAACAACCGCAGCUACGAAUCUAUCCAUGUGAGGUAUGCAACAGUAUCAUAACGGACGAGCGUACCUUCGUCUCCUGUAGGCACUGUCGUCUCACAGUCCAUCUCGACUGCUAUGGCCUUACCAAAGAGCGGACAGACAAAUGGAUGUGCGACACCUGUGAGAAUGACACUCGUCCUGAAUACUCAACAAUAUAUGAAUGCCUCUUAUGUCCACGACACGAGAAUGAGGACAAGGCAGUGAUGGAGCCUCCAAAACAGACUCACAAGAAAAAGUCCGAACGCGAAAAAGAGAAGGACCGCUUAGAAAGAGAGUUAAUUACACAGGCCACGACUCUAUACAUCAAGCAACAGGAGGAUAAAGGGCGGCCAGUCGAGCCUCGUCAAGCUCUAAAGCCGACCUCGCAGAGAAAUUGGGCUCAUGUAAUAUGCUCGAUUAUGCAUCCAUCCAUUAUGUUCGGCGACGCAGCAAGUUUGCGAUUAGCCGAAGGUUUUGGCACUGCCCUGCAACCAGCCCAAAAAGCCAAGGAGGUGCGCUGUAAACUCUGCAAAGACACCAAAGGUAGCUUUCUCUACUGCGACCAUUGUGAAGCACCGGUUCAUGCUUCUUGUGCUCUCCAAUAUGAUUACAACAUUGGGGUGUCGCUCACGCCUAAAUCUAAGAGCUCUACUUUCAAUCUUGUAACCAUUGGCGAAACAGUUGGAACUGCUGAAGCCAAGGUCUCUUGUAAGGAGCAUGGCGAAAGGAAGCAUAUUCAUAAGCUCUAUGCAUCGGCUAGUGUGGAUGGCGAAGAAAUGAACGCCCUAAAAGCGUUUGCAAUAACGCAAAAGUCUAUGAGCCAUGGACCUCUGACGGGGACUGCGCGCAAGGCGGAUCAAGUACAAGCAGCGACAAAGAACGCUGUCUCUGCUCACGUAGUAGGUGGCAGCAACACCCGUAGUAGGAUGGCUGCCACUGAGAAUGCCACUUCAUCAACUCGAGGCUCUCGGGUUUCACCUUCUGCAAUCACAGUCCAAUCGGAGGAGAUUGAAGAUGGUGAUCGAGUGGUUCACUUAGGUAACGUCAAGGCGGCCGACGAUGAUAUCGUCAAAGCUUGCGUCAAGUGCAAUGUCGACGUAAGCCCCCUUUGGCACAAGUCUCAAAGUGCGAGUCAGGCUCCCGAUACGCCCAGUGUUCUUGUCCCACCGACCGUCGUCAAUGGCGACCUGAACGAAACUAAAGGGGUCGAAUUUGAGCCCCAAGACACAGCCCAAGGCGACAACGACCGUUGGUUGUGCCACAAGUGCUAUAUUCGCAAGUUGAAGCAUCCUCCUGCUCCUCCUCGGGAGCCAACACCACCCCCGCCGCCUCCGUCUCCGCCCGCGCUGGCGCCUUCUCCCCCCACACCUUCCAAAGAGGAUGUCCCUGAACCGCCACCAUUCUCACCGCCGGUAGAAUCAACAUCCGAACCGCCAGCUUUGCCGAUACCUGCACCGCAUAUCCCUGAGCCGCAUAAUCGAUGGUCGCGAGUGUUAGAGCCACCGCCGCCAAAUUACGCACCUCCAGACCGUCUACCAAAUGGUGUGCCACAUUCAUCACCAGCUCCCACACCUUUAGCCCCACCUCCAUACGUCCUGCAAGCUCCUCUACCACCUCCUCCGGGUCAUCAUUAUCAACCCAACAUGUCUCCGUAUAUGCAUGACAGACAACCUCAAGCAUUCCGUCCUACUCCGCCGCCCAGACCUCACGGUGGAUUUCCACAUCACCAACCUCACCACGAACCCCUAUCCUUCCAAUUCAAACGAGAUCCUGUCACCAAACAGCUGAUACAAGUCCCUUAUAUACCACCGUCUCUGAAAAAUCAACAAGCAAGCCACCCUCCCCCACCACCCAACGUCGUCCGCUCACCACCCACUUCUCAGCAUGGGCGUUCCCCAUCGAUACAUACCAGGUCACCUUCUGUUCAGGAAAUCGGCCCACACGGACCUCCAGAAGCAGAUUCGAAUCCGUUUGCUGCGAUCGGGAAUGGUCGCUCAUCCCAUGGUUCGCCACCGCCUCCACUACCAAACCCACAAUAUCAAAGUAACAGCGUUUAUGGGAGCCCACGUACGCAGCAAACGCGUCCGGAAACACCGAAGAAUGGUCAUGGCGGUGAUACCAGGUGGCAAAACGACGUUCCUAUACAGAAUGGUGCUAGCGCAAGCCCAUCUGUCAAGAACUUGUUGCACUAG